UUCGGCUUCAAUUGUUUAGCGAGUGCGGAUCGGCGGCGAGUUCGAGUCGCAGCGAAAGCAAACCAAACGAAUCGAGACGAGACGAAAAUCAGAAUUGAAAGCGGGUUGCAAAAAUAUAUUCGUAAUCCAAUGCAAAGCAAAGCAAACCCAGAAAAAACUGAGCUCAAGUCCGAAGCUAAUUUGGUCUCUUCCGCAACCGUAGAUUCUUCAGGCUUUUCUGCUGAGCCGAGCCCAUAAAUAAGCGGCAGAGAGGGUCCCACUAUAGAUGUUGGGGAUCUUUUAUAAUGAUCUGCAUAUUUUGGCAACAUAAUUAACGGUGAAAGAAUGUGAAAAGUAGCGAAACGUAACGCGAAAGCCAGAAACACUCCAACACGAAAAGAAAUAAAAAUAAAAAUAAAAACCACUCUAACACGCGACUGUGACUCUGAAGAAAGGCCAGAGAGAAAGAGGAGAAAUAGUCGUAACGAAUAAGGUUUCUACGCGCCUCGCGUGGCUGCCUGUCUUUCAGUUCGCCAUCUCCGGUCCGUCCUAACAGUGCGAUGCAAACACGAUUCUCUACACAGAAUUUAUAAAGAAAAACCUCUAAUAAUGUAAAAGGAAGGCAAGAUUGAUUACGAAUCAAGGACCAAGUGAAUCUGUACCAAACCAAUACAGAUAGGAUAUCGGUUCCACCAGUGAAAACAAUUUCGAGGCCCAAUGAUUCGGUUUAUGGAGGAACAGCACAGGCGGCGAUCACUACCGAUGCUCUGGACGCUCUUCAUACUCUUCGGCAUCUGGCAGACCGCAGAGGCACUAACUGUCGAUAAUCAGUUGGUUUCCGCACGAAAUGACUGCUUCGAGCGGAUCGCACUGGAGGCGAUGCUGCCAUUUGAGAAGACCUUCCGCACCGAAGACACCAACUCGCUGAAGAUGUGCAAGGAAAAGUGUCUGCAGGCGGGCGAGAAGUGCCAGGCCAUCUCAUUCGGUGUGCAUCGACGCGGAAACGGCACAUGUCAGUUGUCGUCGGAGCAGUACGGCUCGGGCGGCGGUGGGCGGCCGGGAGGCGUGAUUUUCGAUCCCGACUUUGAUUUGUAUACUCGCAAGACGAACUGCUUCGACCUGAGCGACAAUUCGAUUGCACCCGGACCGGGUCCCAGUCCCAUCAGCCCCGGACCGACCCCGGCGAACUUGCCCAAUCGUCCGCUGGAGGUGGGUAACACUCCAGUGCUGAUCGUGAACCCGACUCCGCACACGGACGAGCCCGCGCCGCCGCAGCUUCCCGCGAUCUCUGCGCCAUCUCUUCCGCCGCCCCCUGGUCUCGGCGAUCGGUUGUACUUCUCGCACGACUUGUAUCCCCUAUACAAAUACCCCGCCCUCUAUGAGAACAACUAUCCAGCUCCCAACGAAGACGUCUACAUCCCAGGCGGCUACGCGGCCAACGCCCCUGAGAUAGAGGACCACUAUCAUGGCCCGCCAUCCCUGGAGAAUGAGGAGGCGAGGCCCACACCCCAUGGCCCCCCACGCCCCAUCUUCGGGCUGGGCUAUGGAAACGGCUACAGUUAUGGCAGCCCGGAACGGUACACACCACCUACCAUGCGACCUCCGAGCGCGUCCUCGGAUGAGCGGCCACACUAUGGAGCCAGGCCGCCUCGUCCUGACUAUCCGCCUCCUCCACCGCGGCCGUACGACAGCUCCACGCCUCCAUCCUACGGACUGCGACCCAGUCCCAGCUACGAAUCCCACCGUGAACCCAGGCCGGACUACACUAACCGACCCGAUCCGCCGAUGCAGUCCACACACGACGGCGACUAUGGCAUGCCAGGACCCUCCGCCCGCCCUCCACCCCCAUACGAUGAAUCUCCGCCACUGCGGGACGACUACGUGCGACGCAAUGGAAGCGCAAUGCGCCCUGGGGACGGGUAUGGGGGAUACAGCUUGGACGACGAUAAAACCAUUGCCACCUACUUCAAUCCCGAUGACUACAUGCAGGGGAGCAACAAACGACCUAUGGGCGACAGAGAUAGAGACCGCGAUCGCGAUCACGAUUAUCUCGGUUAUCCCACGGAUAAGCUGAAAGCCUGCUUCCGUCGAGUCUUAGCUGGGAAGCGCAUAGCGCCCCACUGGGUGCGUCGCUCCAUCUCCUGCGAGCGGGUAGAGGAAUGCAUGCGGGAGUGCGGCCAUGAGAGGAGAUUUAUGUGCGAGGGCUUCAACUACAGGCUGGACCCCUCCGGGCAUGGCCAGGGCGAUUGCGAGUUGAUCGAGAUGCCCUUGUCGCAGAUGGAUCUCUACUCCAGUGCCAAUCGGCGGGACUCUAAUCUGCUGCGGCAUCCGGACUACGAUUACUAUGAGAGGGAUCGCAAUGCGCCGUCUAGUUGUCGGCGCAACGCUUGCCAGGACUGCUCAAAGGGUCCCUUGAGUAGCAAUCCCAUUUACUUGAAGCCAAGCACUGGUCCAGGACCCAGCAGUAGCGGCAGCGGAUAUGGUGAUCGCGAUCGAGACCGCGACAGGGAUAGGAAUCAUUUUCGGCCACCACCCCCAAGUAGCUCAGCUAUUGACCAUUAUCGAGGGCCGUCGAGUCCGCCGGGUCCGCCGGGUCCGCCGAGGGCGCCGAGCAGCUCCUAUGAGCACCGACCUUUCUCCUCUGAUUACCAAGGCUCGCACACCGCUUCUUCGUCAUCGUCGUCGUCGUCCUCCUCUUCCUAUGAGUUCUCCUCACAUGGGUCUGGAUCCGCCGGCUCCGACUAUUUUGGACACACACCACCCAGCAGCUACGGAAGCGAUCACUCUUAUGCAGAUCGUCAUGAUCCCCCACGCUAUAGUCCAGUUCGACCAGAUCGAUGGGAAACGUUACCGAGCAGUUCUGGGUACGAUGGUUCUGCGUACAGGCCACCAAGACCCGAAACAGAUCGAGUCGACAAGUACCGACCGCCCUAUCGGCCGGGCCCUGACUUCUCUCCAUAUCGACCGCAUGAGCCAAGCCGUCCUAUCCAUAAUUAUCUCGAUCGCGAUGGAUCUAGUGCAGGUCCUAGCCCAUACAAGAAGCCCAAUAAGUUUGUUCCGUAUCUCAUCGGGGGCGAGGAAAACUGGGGUAACUAUGGCGGCAGCUACGGGGGCAGCAACAGCAAUAGUAAGCACACCUCCUACUGGGGUCUGAGUGAGUCGCAGCGACGCAAGGACCAUGACUUCAACUACUUCCAGCUGGGGGCACCGCAUCGGGAGUCCAACUCCGUGCUGGGUUACCCGGGCUCCAGCUACGAGGACGACUAUCCAAAGCGGCGCAACGAUUACAGACAACAGUGGACACGACGCCCCGGGCCGGAUGAAUGCUCGGCGAAGACCAGCGAAGGCUUCCGACUGCAUAAAACGGCCAUAAGGCACGCCUACAAUGUGCCAACAUUGACGGAGUGCGAGCGCCUGUGCUCGGACCAGCGGCCUAGCUUUAGCUGCCACACUUUCAGCUACCGGUACAACCAGGCGGGCAGGGACAAUUGCAUGCUCUGCGACAGGCCAGUCAACAUGCUGGAUUACUACGUGGACAUUGAGCCGGAUCGAGACUAUGACAUAUACUCCAUGGCGGACGAUAUGGAUGUCUGCAGACAGCCGCUCCGUCGCCACGACAGCGGUGCCCCCAACACGGCGCUCUCCGAUCCGCGAAAUGCGCAGUGUUUCUUCCGAGCCAUCGACGCCACGCGGUUCUUCAAGUCCAUUGUUCGCGACUCCCUUACCGUGAGAUCCGUGGGGGAGUGCGAAAUGGAAUGCAUUCGUUCCACCAAAUUUACCUGUCGCGCUUUUGCGUACCGCUAUGGCCAACAGAGGCACACGGGCAUAAUUGACAAUUGCCAGCUAAGUGACUGGCCCGUGCGGGACAUGGACAAGGAGCGGCACCUCAUCCUGGAUGCGGCCUUCGACAUCUUCGAGCGCGCCAGCUAUGGACACGGAUGUGAGAUUCAGCCCAUCGUGGACGAGAAGCACAAGAAACUGUGCUAUCUGGGCUAUGGCUCCCCCGCCAGGCUCCUCCCACCAGCCAUCAAGAAGUUGAUAUCAGUGCCUUCGGAGAUGGCCUGCAAGAAGGAGUGCAUACGAUUUAGGGAGACUACUCCAUUCAAAUGCUAUGCCUUUAGUUACGGCUCGCAUGCUAGCUCCCAUAACUGCGAACUCUCUGACCUCGACCAAACGGAGCUCAAGCUCGAUGUUCACUAUACACACACCAAGGAGCGGGACUUCUGGCUCUUUGCCUGGAAUCCCUUUGACUGGACCUGUCGUGACAAGGUGAACACAAUUGGCGGAUCGCGAGUGAACAACGAUCGACGAAUGGACAUCUUCCGGGAACCUGGCGAUGUGGCCUGGCGUCAUUACACGGUCUCCGGCAAACCCUGUCGACGCAGCAGUCCCUGCGAGAAAAAUCUGAUCACGGGAUUUUACUCCUGCGAGACGGACGGCUCUGAGGUUGGCUCCUGGGACUACUGUUGCAAGGCGGAUCAUCCGUGUGGCUACAGCAAGGGCUUCGAUUACCCCUGGUGUUUUGUGGGCGACGAGUCUGAUCAGUGGCGCAAGUGCAGCGAUCGAUACUAUCCCGGCCAGAACGGAACACAGCCGACGCACUCCCACCUUGGUCUGGCCAGUCCCAAGGAGCAGCAAAAGCAGAAGCACCAGUCACACUCACACCAACACUCUCACUCGCAGCCUGCGACAGCGGCAAGCAGCGAAUACAGCCAGCAUCCACCUCGUCCUGGGGGAUUGCAAAGUCUUAGCGAUUUCGCCGCCGCCCGCCUCUGGCCCGUCACCUAUCUGUACAGCGAGGGCCCGCCAAAUGCCACGGAGUUUAGUAACUUUGUCGACUGCAAUAAGGAGUCAUGCUAAGAUGUAGUAGUUCUCAAAGCAGGUCGAUGUACGAUGUACCAGACUCAGACUUAAGUGAUAUGUACGUGUACGUGUAUACCCAACCAAAGGUACUCGAGCCGCGCGUUGGAGAACGAGACAAAGGAAACUUCUCACAGAAAGUCGUUGUGAUCAUCAAUGAGAUUGGAUACCAUUGUCGUCAUAUUCAAGCAAAUCCAAUUAACUUAUUAAUUUAAUAUACCUUGAAUCUAACUUAAAUGACAGCUUGCGUGCAGGCGAUCUUCUUUGUACUUAUGCACACUAUGAACAUAAGUUUAGUAUGAACAUGUAUUAAUAAAAAUUAGCUUUUAUGGAAA